GUGUUACGUCAGCGACCCCGGUAGGACUGGAAUAGAAUAGGAGCGCUCCAAAUCAGUGUUUAGAACCAGCAAGCGCCCAUCCAUGCCAAGAUUCAUACCCUUGGUCUGUCUGCUCUGGCACGAGUGCCCAAGGCUUAUGGACAAAACAAAAUAGAAUAGUUGCAUUGAGGAAGAAAAUAUAUUUGGUGUCGUUUUUUUUUCCUUCUAAUUACGCACGCAAACAUUCCACUAUUACUCCUCCAAGCUCAGCAGACUUUCUAUCGCUUGCUUCUCGGAUAUUCCAGAGGAAGCGACUUGUGGCCGCUGUGAUUGGCAUCGUCAUGGUGUUGGCCCUUAUCAUAGUAAUACCGCUGCUUGUGCAAAGUACCAAGACUUCGGCUCACUAUGAGAUGAUGGGCACCUGUCGAAUGAUCUGUGAUCCAUACAGUUCGAAACACGCCAGCGCCACCGCCAUGGAGCUCAUGCAGGACAUGAAUGCCAUCCCGCCGCCGCCAAUGGCGCAAGGCUCCAAAGGUGAAUUAGGGCGACCUGGGAAACCGGGACCAAGAGGUCCACCGGGAGAACCAGGACCUCCCGGCCCAAGAGGACCACCCGGAGACAGGGGCGAUUCCGGGAAAGCUGUUUACCCCGCGGUAACGGGGACUGCAAAGACCGAAACGGACACGGACGAGGUUAACACUGCACACAGUGAAACAAAGGUUGCGUUCUAUGUCGGGUUGAAGAACCCACACGAAGGAUAUGAGGUGCUUAAAUUCGACGAUGUUGUCACAAACUUGGGAAAUCAAUACGACCCAACCAAUGGCAAGUUCACUUGCCAAGUGUCAGGAAUGUAUUUUUUCACAUACCACGUGUUAAUGCGAGGAGGCGACGGGACAAGCAUGUGGGCAGACUUGUGCAAAAACGGACAGGUUCGGGCAAGUGCUAUUGCACAGGACGCAGACCAGAACUACGAUUACGCAGGUAACAGCGUAGUUCUACACCUGGACUCCGGGGAUGAGAUUUAUGUCAAACUGGACGGUGGCAAAGCACACGGAGGCAACAACAACAAGUACAGCACCUUCUCUGGAUUCAUUUUGUAUCCAGAUUAAAUAGCCUGACAAGUUUGAGGCUACCCCAUGACUCUUCCUCCGAAUGAGGUCCAAACAGAACUUCAUCUGUAAUUUCGCUCUCUCAUUUCCUUUGAAGAGCAGGGUGCUUGUAAUGGUCUUCUAACCACCAAUAAUAUAUAGGAUAAAUAGGCGAUAUAGCAGUUGAGGUCGUUUGAUUGAAUGUGGUAAGAUUACUUGAUUCAGCAGUUUGUUUUACUCAAUAGGAUCACCUUAUGUUGGAGAAAUAGCCUAUAUGUAGCUAAGGUCAAAUGCACAGAGAUAGAAUCAUAUAACCCAUGUGUUCGGUACAUCCAGAGUUGUGUUUUAUUUUAUGCCACUAGGUCAACAGUGCAUUAUAUUUUUUCCUGAUGUACCAAUAAAUGUUAUUUUACAGUUUGUCUCAUUGGAUGUUUUAAAAAAAAGAUGACAUGACAAUGUGAGUUACAGUAAUUAGGGACUGCAUACAUUUUUGUACUGGUCCGCCGUGGGAAAUGAACCCACAACCAUGGCGUUUCAAGCACUAUGUUCUACCUGCUGAACAACACGGGGACCAUAGCCUGGAUGAGUCUUAUGGAGCAACGCUGCAGGUUAAAGUGACAACCUGCCAUCCAAUACUCGCACUAGUGAAGGUGCUCCUCACGUAUACAUUCUAUCAUCCAUCAAGACUGAAAUGUGUGAUUUUCCUUCAAACAUUUCAUGUUUUCCUUUAUGCUUCACUUCAAAAGAAGUGCACAGCUUUAGGGUUAGUUUAUGGUGAGGAUCUUUAUUUGCUCGAUCUCCACAAGAUUAGUGGCUAUUUGACAAAGAAGGCAGUGGUGUAAAGUACUUAAGUAAAAAAUACUUUAAAGUAAUACCUAAGUAGUUUUGGGGGUAUCUGUACUUUACCAUUUACAUUUUGGGCAACUUUUACUUCAUUUACAUUCCUAAAGAAAAUAAGGUAGGUUUUACUCCCUACAGUUUCCAUGAUAUCCAAAAGUACUCAUUACAUUUUGAAAGGAAAGGAAAGGAAAUCCCUACUGCCUCUGAUCUGGCGGACUUACUAAACACAAAUGCAUCUUUUGUAAAUUAUGUCUGAGUGUUGGGGUGUGCACCUGGCUAUCAUUACAUUUUAAAAACAAGAAAAUGGUGUUGUUUGCUUUGUUUAAUAUAGAGUUGAAGUUGGAAGUUUACAUACACCUUAGCCAAAUACAUUUAAACUCGGUUUUUCCACAAUUCCUGACAUUUAAUCCUAGUAAAAAUUCCCUGUCUUAGGUCAGUUAGGAUCACCACUUUUAUUUUAAGAAGGUGAAAUGUCAGAAUAAUAGUAGAGAGAAUUCUGGAAUUACCAUUCCAGUAUUUUACUUGCUAUAUUGUAUUUACUUUGCCAUCAUGGCCUUUUUUGCCUUUACCUCCCUUCUCACCUCAUUUGCUCACAUUGUAUAUAGACUUGUUUAUACUGCAUUAUUGACUGUAUGUUUGUUUUUACUCCAUGUGUAACUCUGUGUCGUUUUAUCUGUCGAACUGCUUUGCUUUAUCUUGGCCAGGUCGCAAUUGUAAAUGAGAACUUGUUCUCAACUUGCCUACCUGGUUAAAUAAAGGUAAAAUAAAUAAAAUAAAGAAUGAUUUAUUUC